GGGAGUGGACAACAAAAUAUUUUUUCACCGAAGUCCGAUCAAUGCCGGUAUGUCUGAUAUGCCAGGAAACACUUGCAGUCUUCAAAGAAUACAAUCUCAGCUGUCACUUUGCCACAAAGCAUGGCAACUAUGCUAGCAAGCAGUCACCUCAAGAACGGGAGACUACUGCACAGAGGUUGAUGGCUAAAUUACAGGCUCAGCAAAAUGUCUUUCACAGACAAACUGCAAAUCAAGAGACAACUACCAAAGCAAGUUUUAAGCUAUCAUUCAAAUUAGCAAAAGCUAGCAAACCUCUCUCUGAAGACGAGUUUUUGAAAGAAUGUAUGAUAGAGACAGCAGGUCUCUUGUGUCCAGAGAGCAAAGGCAAGUUUGAAAAACUCAGCUUAUUGCGCAGGACAGUGACUCAUCGAGUGGAACUGAUUGAUGAAGACUUGGCCAGCAAGUUAAAUAGUAAGGCAGAGUUCUUUAAGUUUUAUUCACUAGCAUUGGAUGAAAGUAAUGACGUAAAGGACACUGCUCAGCUCUUAAUUUUUAUCCGAGGGAUUAGUGACAAUUUUGAAAUUAUGGAGGAGUUUUUAGCCAUGGAGCCACUGAAAGGAAAAACACGGGGAGAGGACUUGUAUGACCGGGUGUCUACUGUCAUCGAGAAAAUGAAGCUACCAUGGAGUAAACUUGCUAAUGUCACAACAGAUGGAUCUCCAAAUUUAACUGGAAAAAAUGUUGGACUGCUAAAAGAAUUCAGGAUAAAGUGAAAGAGGAGAACCCUAACCAAGAUGUUAUUUUUCUUCACUGUAUUAUUCACCAGGAAUCAUUGUGCAAGUCUAUAUUACAACUUAAUCAUGUUGUUAAUCCAGUCGUAAAGCUUGUUAAUUUCAUUCGAGCAAAGGGACUUCAGCACCGUCAGUUUAUUAAGUUUCUGGAGGAAACUGAUGCGGAUCACCACGACUUACUUUACCACUCUCGUGUCCGCUGGUUGAGUUUGGGCAAAGUUUUCCAAUGAGUGUGGGAGCUCAAAGAAGAGAUUGGUGCAUUUUUGAAAUUAAAGGGGAAGUCUGACGAAAUUAAAGGGGAAGUCUGAGCUGAGUGACAAGAAUUGGCUAUGUGACUUUGCAUUUGCUGUAGAUAUAUUUUCACAUUUGAAUGAGCUAAAUGUGAAGCUACAGGGAAAAGAUCAGUAUGUACAUGACAUGUACACUAAUGUGAAAGCCUUUAAAUCGAAGCUGAUUUUCUUUUCCAGACAAAUUUCAGACAAAGUCUUCACUCAUUUUGCCACACUAGCCACAUAGAAAGAGACCAUCCAAAAUGUGAAGAAAUACAGCAAAUCACUGGAUGACCUGCAUGCAGAAUUCUGUCGUCGGUUUUCUGAUGUUGAAAAAAUUGACCAGUCACUUCAACUGGUGGCCUGUCCUUUGUCACAAAAACCUGAAACAGCACCAGAAGAGGUGUAACUGGAACUCAUCAAUCUUCAGUCU